UUGAACAAGCAUGACAUGGAUGGAUGCGCCUAUUGGCGGGCCAUUUUUGAGGAACGACAAGCACGCCGACAACAAAGCGAGAGAGAGAGACGGAGGGAGGGAGAGAUGUGGCGAAGGUACCUGAGCAGCAGCGGCAACGCCGGUUUGAAUGCGCUGAAGGAGAAGAAGUGGGACGUUAUAGUGAUUGGCGGCGGCCACAAUGGCCUCACCGCCGCUGCCUAUCUGGCCCGCUCCAGCCUCUCCGUCGCCGUUCUCGAGCGUCGCCACCUCAUCGGCGGUGCCGCCGUCACCGAAGAACUUAUCCCCGGCUUCAAGUUCUCCCGCUGCAGCUACCUCCAAAGCCUCCUUCGUCCUUCGAUCAUCAGUGAAUUGGAGUUGAAGAGACACGGUCUGAAGUUGCUGAAGAGGAGCCCUUCAUCUUUCACGCCUUGUCUUGACGGACGGUACCUUCUCUUAGGUCCUGACAGGGAUCUCAACCAUUCAGAGAUUUCCAAGUUCUCUAAACGGGAUGCUGAGGCUUUUCCAAGAUUUGAGAAACAGCUAGAGAAAUUUUGUGAGUUCAUGGAUCCACUUCUAGAUUCCCCUCCUCCAGAAACUUUGCAAGGAAUUUCAUCUUUUAGCUCCAGGAUAAGGAAUAAUCUGAAAAAAUCAGCCUUUUGGGCUCACUGUCUGCGGCAGGCUAUCACCUUGGGGCAGAAAGAAAUGGUGGAGUUUAUGGACCUUUUAUUGUCCCCAGCUUCAAAGGUCUUGAACAAGUGGUUUGAGAGUGAUGUUCUAAAGGCAACCCUUGGAACGGAUGCAGUGAUCGGAACUAUGGGAAGUCUGAGUACACCUGGGAGUGGAUACGUUCUACUUCAUCAUGUGAUGGGAGGAACUGAUGGCGAUCGUGGUAUUUGGUCGUAUGUUGAAGGUGGGAUGGGUUCAGUAUCAAUGGCUAUUGGUAAAGCUGCUAUGGAAGCUGGGGCUUAUAUUGUGACCCAUGCAGAGGUUUCAAGAUUGAUGGUUGAAGACUCGGGUGCUGUAAAUGGGGUUAUAUUGGCUGAUGGGACAAAAGUGCAUUCUUCAGUUGUUUUGUCAAAUGCUACCCCUUAUAAAACAUUUAUGGAAUUAGUACCUGAAAAUGUUCUUCCUGAUGAUUUCCUUCGCGCCAUUAAGUACCUAGAUUAUAGCUCUGGGACUACUAAAAUAAAUUUAGCUGCUGAAAGGCUGCCGCAGUUUAACUGCUGCAACUUGUCUCACCCUGAUGCUGGCCCUCAGCAUGUCGGUACCAUCCAUAUUGCUUCUGAGAGAAUCGAGGAUAUUGAUUCUGCCAGUCAGGAUGCUAUAAACGGCCAGCCAUCAAGAAGGCCUAUCAUUGAAAUGACAAUUCCUUCUGUUCUGGACAAGACCAUCUCUCCACCAGGUAAACAUGUGAUCAACUUGUUUGUUCAGUACACGCCCUAUAAACCCUCCAAAGGCAGCUGGGAAGACCCUGCAUAUAGAGAGUCGUUUGCGCAAAGAUGUUUUAACUUGAUCGAUGAAUAUGCCCCAGGCUUCAGCUCAUCAAUUAUUGGCUAUGACAUGUUGGCUCCACCAGACCUUGAGAGGGAAAUUGGUCUAACAGGAGGGAAUAUAUUUCAUGGUGCCAUGGGACUAGACUCUCUUUUCCUUAUGCGACCUACAAAAGGAUGGUCAAAUUACAGAACCCCAGUGCCGGGACUGUACUUGUGCGGGAGCGGGACGCAUCCCGGUGGCGGUGUCAUGGGUGCCCCAGGGCGUAAUGCCGCCCGCGUGGUCCUUGAAGAUGUCAACAAGCCAUUGAAAUGAUGCUCAAAGCAAAGAGUCAGAUAGUUACACAUUGAUCUAAUGCUUUAUUCUGCUUACGAGAACUAAUAAACUAAAUAAUUUUCAUUCCACUCAAUAGUUACCAGAAGAAAAAAAACGUAAUACAUGUUUCAACAUAGAAGUACCAAGCUCGAACUUCAAAUUCAAUUGAACUAUGCAUAAAACA